AGCCCGGUGGCAAGAACCUGGUCACUCCAGGUGCUGGAGGGCCCCGUCCCACGCUGCUUUCCGCCAGCGCCUCUGAUCGAGUGCCCGGAGGAUGUGUGUGCUAGCCCUCGGUCCAGCGCCUGCUCCUGAGGUGACGCCACCUGCUGCUUUCCGACUGGUUCCCAAUUUCCCUCUGCACGUAGCUCCCGGGUGGGUCAGCUGCUGCCCGGGAGAGGCAACCCGGGCGCCCCGCUAGGGCGACGGCCCCUGCCCUGAGGGCCGGGAUCAUGAAAGGCCUCGGUGACAGCCGCCCCCGCCACCUCUCCGACAGCCUGGACCCACCACACGAGCCCCUGUUUGCCGGCCCUGACCGCAACCCCUACCUGCUUUCACCCACAGAGGCCUUUGCCCGCGAGGCCCGCUUCCCUGGGCAGAAUGCCCUGCCAGGGGACGGGCUCUUCCCACUCAACAACCAGCUGCCACCUCCGAGCAGCACCUUCCCCCGAAUCCACUACAACUCCCACUUCGAGGUGCCAGAGGAGAGUCCCUUCCCCAGCCAUGCCCAGGCCACCAAGAUCAACCGGCUGCCUGCCAACCUGCUGGACCAGUUUGAGAAGCAGCUGCCCAUCCAUCGCGAUGGCUUUAGCACGCUCCAGUUCCCCCGCGGGGAGGCCAAGGCCCGGGGCGAGAGUCCUGGCCGCAUCCGCCACCUGGUCCAUUCUGUCCAGCGGCUCUUCUUCACCAAGGCGCCCUCCCUGGAGGGCACGGCAGGCAAGGUCGGUGGCAAUGGCGGCAAGAAAGGCAUCCUGGAGGACGGCAAGGGCCGGAGGGCCAAGAGCAAGGAGCGGGCCAAGGCUGGGGAGCCCAAGCGGCGCAGCCGCUCCAACAUCUCCGGCUGGUGGAGCUCCGAUGACAACUUGGAUGGUGAAGGUGGUGCCUUCCGCAGCAGCGGCCCGGCCUCGGGACUGAUGACGCUCGGCCGCCAGGCGGAGCGCAGCCAGCCCCGCUAUUUCAUGCACGCCUACAACACCAUCAGCGGGCACAUGCUCAAAGCCGCCAAGAACACCACCACCGAGCUGACCGCCCCGCCACCCCCGCCCGCACCCCCUGCCACCUGCCCCAGCCUUGGGGUGGGCACCGACACCAACUAUGUCAAGCGGGGUUCCUGGUCCACUCUGACCCUCAGUCACGCCCACGAGGUCUGCCAGAAGACCUCGGCCACCUUGGAUAAGAGCCUGCUAAAGUCCAAAUCCUGCCACCAGGGUCUCGCCUACCAUUACCUGCAGGUGCCCGGCGGCGGCGGCGAGUGGACCACCUCGCUGUUGUCUCCGCGCGAGGCGGACGCCACGGCCGAGGGCCCCAUCCCGUGCCGGCGAAUGCGCAGCGGCAGCUACAUCAAAGCCAUGGGCGACGAGGACAGUGACGAGUCCGGCGGCAGCCCCAAGCCCUCCCCCAAGACGGCGGCGCGGCGCCAGAGCUACCUGAGGGCCACUCAGCAGUCGCUGGGAGAGCAGAGCAAUCCCCGCAGGAGUCUAGACCGCCUGGAUUCCGUAGACAUGCUGCUGCCCUCCAAGUGUCCGAGCUGGGAGGAGGAAUACAACCCCGUCAGUGACAGCCUCAACGACUCCAGCUGCAUCAGCCAGAUUUUUGGACAGGCCUCCCUGAUCCCCCAGUUGUUUGGCCACGAACAGCAGGUCCGGGAGGCAGAUCUGAGCGACCAGUACGAGGCGGCCUGCGAGUCGGCCUGCAGUGAAGCGGAGUCGACUGCGGCUGAGGCUCUAGACUUGCCGCUGCCCAGCUACUUCCGCUCCCGCAGCCACAGCUACUUGCGCGCCAUCCAGGCGGGCUGCUCGCAGGAGGAGGACAGUGUUUCCCUGCAGUCCCUUUCCCCACCGCCCAGCACCGGCAGCCUCAGCAAUAGUCGCACGCUUCCGAGUUCAUCAUGCCUAGUGGCGUAUAAGAAGACCCCACCACCAGUCCCUCCACGCACCACGUCAAAGCCGUUCAUCUCUGUCACAGUCCAGAGCAGCACCGAGUCUGCCCAGGACACCUACCUGGACAGCCAGGACCACAAGAGCGAAGUGACAAGCCAGUCUGGCCUGAGCAACUCCUCGGACAGCCUGGACAGCAGUACCCGCCCGCCCAGCGUGACACGGGGCAGCGUUACCCCAGCCCCUGAGGCCCCUGAGCCACCCCCAAAACAUGCAGCUCUGAAGAGCGAACAAGGGACGCUGACCAGCUCUGAAUCCCACCCCGAGGCCGUCCCCAAAAGGAAACUGUCAUCUAUAGGAAUACAAGAGAGGACUAGAAGGAACGGUUCCCACCUCUCGGAGGACAACGGACCCAAAGCGAUCGAUGUGAUGGCACCCUCCUCAGAAAGCAGUGCCCCCUCUCACAGCAUGUCCUCCCGACGGGACACCGACUCGGAUACCCAGGAUGCCAAUGACUCAAGCUGUAAGUCCUCUGAGAAGAGCCUCCCAGACUGCACCCCACACCCCAACUCCAUCAGCAUCGAUGCCGGCCCCCGGCAGGCCCCCAAGAUUGCCCAGAUCAAGCGCAACCUCUCCUAUGGAGACAACAGCGACCCUGCCUUGGAGGCAUCCUCGCUGCCCCCGCCCGACCCCUGGCUGGAGACCUCCUCCAGCUCCCCGGCAGAGCCCGCGCAGCCUGGGGCCUGCCGCCGGGACGGCUACUGGUUCCUGAAGCUGCUCCAGGCAGAAACGGAACGGCUGGAGGGCUGGUGCUGCCAGAUGGACAAGGAGACCAAAGAGAACAAUCUCUCUGAAGAAGUCUUAGGGAAAGUCCUCAGUGCUGUGGGCAGUGCCCAGCUACUGAUGUCGCAGAAAUUCCAGCAGUUCCGGGGCCUCUGUGAGCAAAACUUGAACCCUGAUGCCAACCCACGUCCAACAGCCCAGGACCUGGCAGGGUUCUGGGACCUGCUCCAGCUGUCCAUCGAGGACAUCAGCAUGAAGUUUGAUGAACUCUACCACCUCAAGGCCAACAGCUGGCAGCUGGUGGAGACCCCCGAGAAGAGGAAGGAAGAGAAGAAAGCACCCCCUCCGGUCCCAAAGAAGCCAGCCAAAUCGAAGCCAGCAGUGAGCCGCGACAAGGCCUCUGAUGCUGGGGACAGGCAGCGGCAGGAGGCCCGCAAGAGACUCCUGGCGGCCAAGCGGGCGGCUUCCGUGCGGCAGAAUUCAGCCACAGAGAGCGCGGACAGCAUCGAGAUUUACGUCCCUGAGGCCCAGACCCGGCUCUGAGACCAGGAAGCAAACAAUUUUAAAUCAUUAAACAAAAAAACCACAAACUAAAUGCAAAUGGAACAAAAUUUUCUCAACCUUUAGUAUGGUUAUUCUGUCUAGAGACCCUGAGCCAACUUUCAAAUUGACGCAUCCAAGGGCUCACGAUUUGGCUUCUUUGGGUCCCUCCAAGCUUUAGGUUAUGGAGACUUCACACACACACACAAAUCAACAAAAACAUGAAACUAGGAAACUUUUUUUUCUCCUCUUGUUGGCCACGGCGGACUAGAUAGAUGGACUUCGGCAACUCCCCGGCCCAGCCUCCAGACCACGGUCUUUUUACUCGUUCUGUCUAAUGAGAGCUUAAACUAGCCUGUUUACAAGAUGACCACAGCCCAGGGCCAGCCUUGGGCGCCUGCCAUGCCCUUCCUUCUCCCGGCUACCUAGCUCUGACCGUGGAGUUCUCAUCCUUACGUUUUUCUUUGCCCUUCAGAGCUCACACAGGGGUCACCAUCCUGACGCUCGGCUUUCUGGUUCUCAGCCCUUUGUGUGGUUGAGCCCAGAGGACAGAGAGAUGGACACGCAUCCCCUCCCCCACCAAGUGCUCACACACAAUCACACACGCGCGUGCACACGAUUGCAGGUUCCUCUCAGCAGAAGUGGCCCUCCCAUGUGCUGCAGCAGCCUCCGGUCUCACCUUUCCGAGACCGGGAGGAGGGCUGAGGUCUUGGGGGGUGGGGGGCAGGGAUGGGAUAAAAACCACAGCUACCACACUCUAGACUCCCGCCUUUUUCUUCUCUCCAGCCCCUUCCUUCCUUCAGCAAAAAUGUAUGACUCAGAGUGACUUGCUGGGGCCACUCAGGAGAGGGCCCUCGCGUUCCAGGGGUGGUGUACCCUGGCCGAGCCCGUGUACAGCACCCGAGGGGCGGGCGGCCGUGUCUGUACGUACAUGUACAUAUGCACAUAGACCUUAGAGUGUAUAUUUACCAGUCGCCCCUCUGCUCACCCGUGCCCACCAGCGCCGCCGCGGGCUCUCGGGGCACCUGGCAGGAGGCGGGUGUGUGAAUAGCAUAUAUUUUUACAUGUACUAUAUCUAGGUGUGUGUACAAGUGUGUGUAAAAAUAUAUACCUUGUGUGUAAGCAGCCCUCCCCCCCCUUUUUUUUUUGACUCUCACCUGCCCCCCACCAUGGGCCCAUCUGCCCAGCCUCUGAGUUUUCUAUUUUUUUACCCCAGUCAUCCUUCUCUCCCCCCAGCGCCACUCCCAGCCCCACUCCCAGGGUGUCAUGAGCCCUGAGCUGCAAUGGUCCAGGCCUGCAGGGCGAGGUGAGGGUGGGCAGGGGGCAGGCAGAAGGUGAGGCCGGCCCGCAGAGAGCUCUGUGCACGAGGUUGCGCGCUCCAGUGGCCACGACUAUGGUAUUGGGGCUGUCCUCUGUCCAGCACCCACCGCAGGGGGCCUGGGUGAACUGCGGGCCUGCUCUAGGGCCCAUUCCAGCUUGGCCGCCGUCUGUGACCUUGGGCAAGUCACUUGACCUCUGUGUGCCUCAACUUCCUCCUCUGUAAAAUGGGGACAGUCCCCGCCCCUCCCUACCUCACAGGCAUGUUGUGAGAAUAAAUGAGGUAAUGUGUA